AUGGAACCAAUGUCAGCGGAUUAUAAUGAUAAUUGUGCAAUUCAACAAAAUACAAUCCAAAAAAAUCUCGAUGUUCUAUUGAAAGGUAUCGAUUGUUGGUUGACAAAUCCAUAUAACCAAUCAUUAAAAGACAUUGAUCUAAGAUCAUUCAACAUAUCCGAUUUUGGUUGUUCCCAUGGUAGAAGUUCACUCCUCCCGAUCUCAGUGAUCAUCACACAAAUCAGAAAGAGAAUGAGUGCUGUCGACAUCACCGUUUAUCACAACGACCUUCCACAGAAUGAUUUCAGUCAAUUGUUUCUAGAGGUCAAUAGUAAUCCAGAUAGUUACCUAAAGGUUUCAAAUAAUAUUUUCACAAUGGCAGCUGGUCGCUCCUUUUAUGACAACGUUUUUCCAUCAAAUUCCAUUCACUUUUCCAUUGGAUUCAAUUGUUUCCAUUGGGCUUCGAAACUCACAUCACCCUUUAAAAACACAAUAUAUUAUGGUCACACUCAAGAUGAUAAUCUAAAGAAACUUUGGAAAAAAGAAACAGUUUUAGAUUUAAUUACAAUUCUUUCUGCUCGUGCAAGAGAAUUGGCUGUUGGAGGAGUUUUUGUUUCAAACUUUCUUACAGAUGAUAAUAAUGGUUUCGAAAAGAGUAGAAUGUUUUAUCACAAGGUAAAGAAGAUAUGGGACUCUCUUGCAACAGAUAAUUAUAUUUCAGUGGAGGAAGCCGACAAGAUGGUAUAUCCAUUUAGAUACUACGGAAUGGACGACAUUCAAACAGCGUUGGCCAGUCCAAAGGUGUCGGAGCACGGUUUGCAAAUGGUGUUCAGUGAACUCAGAUCGACUGCCUGUCCUUUUGAGCCUUUGAUCAAGUCGCAUGGUGAUAAAUAUUUUGCCGAGAAAUUAUUCCGUGGAUUCUGUGCAUUCACUGAGCCAACAUGGAAAGCAAUCAUCAAGAAGAACAGCGAAGCCGUAUGGCAAGAAUACUACAGACGUUUCAUCCAAUACUUUACCGAAAACCCAAGUCAUGGAAAUAUACCACAUAAUUAUUAUAUAGUUGUUAUGGAGAAGACACUUGUUAAUUCGAGUGACCAUCAAGGUAGUGCUUCAUGUUAA